AGCUUAGAAAGAAGAUACAAUAAUUUCUUAAGCAUCUUAACGGUUAAUACUAUUAUCAACUUUAAUCUCUAGAACUAAUCUCUUGGCUACUCUGAAGAAAAGUCCUAAUCCUUAUAUAAGUCCUUUUCUGUGUUUUUAUAAGUCCUUUUUCUGUGCUAGAAGAAUGUCAAAUGUCUAAAUGAAAAGCUUUGUCAUGACGUCAUGAACAUCUGAUCUCUUGUCAUUGUCAGUGUCAAUUUCUAGUUGUGAUUUUCAGUUUUUCAGUGAGCUUAUUGUAUUCUUUAUAAUAAUUAACAAUGUAUCUGAAAUUAUUUUAUCUCUUUAGUAUCCUUUUAGUAGUUAUAAAUGCGGCUAAAUCGGAAUUAAAUAGUGAAGAAGACAAUGACGCUUCUAGGUAUGUUCUAGAAGGUAGAGUAUUCCCUCUUACUGACUCCCAAAGCAAGCAAUUCAACUGGCAAGCUAAUACAAGAAUACACGUAAAUGGUGGCGAAUAUUUGGGAUUUGUUAGAAGGGAUGGUUCUUUCACUGUUCAUAACGUACCCGCCGGAUCUUAUAUUGUGGAAGUAUUACAUCCAGAGUUUGCAUUCGAGCCUGCUAGAGUGGAAAUAAAUUCCAAGGGGAAGUUUAGGGCUAGGAAAGUAAAUCAUAUCAAGAUUUCUGAAGUUAUCAUAGUGCCAUAUCCAUUACGUAUGAAAGCAUUAGGGAAAACACGGUAUUUCCAAUUGAGAGAACAAUGGAGAAUAACAGAUCUCUUAUUUAACCCAAUGAUCAUGAUGAUGGUCCUACCUCUUCUCUUAGUCAUGGUUCUGCCAAAGAUGAUGAAUGACCCAGAAACAAAGAAGGAAAUGGAGCAAAUUCAAAACAUGGCCAAAUUUGAAAUGUCUGAUAGGUUCUCAAAUUACUUGGCUGGAUCGACUACACCAGCGCAGACUGACAAGGAUAAAAACCAAGCUGUUAAUAAAAAGAGUCAAAAGACUAGGAAACGAAUAGAAAAAUAAAUUAUAGUUUAUUAUUUUUAAAUAGCAAAUUGCAUUAGAUAUACAAUUUAAGUUUGUAAGUUUUUGUUAAUUACAUGAAUAGGGUCACCAUAAUAAAAUUAAUUCCCUUUGAAAA